UCCUCACUUUGACAAGACCCUUACCUUUUACCAGUUACCAUCAUCAUCUUCUUCUUCCCCGAACGCUCCAAACUUCAUUAACACACACACUCUCUCUCACAACAAAAUCCAGAAGAUAAAAAUCUCGAGAGUAAAUGUCAGCUGCUUCAAAACUCAUGCGUUUUGGGACCUCACUCUUCCACGCUCCCACAAGAACUCUCUCUCCUCCUACCCCUUCACUUCUCUCCCUGAAGCCCGUCGCCGCCGGACUGCGCUUCCCCCGGUACGCCUCCUCUUCGGAUGCAAUUGAAAGUAUUGACACCAUCCCGGCCAACAGCACAGAAGCGCCGCCGCCGCACCACCCCUGGCCCGAGUGGGUGGCCUUCGUCGACCGCUUGAAGGCCAAGGGGUACUUCACCGGAACGCCGCCGAAGGAGAGCGAUGUUUACACGGAUAUAAAUGAAGUAAAGGAGGCCUCUUUCAGCUUUGCUCGUGACCGCUAUGAUGUUUUCAAAUCGUUAUCUAUGGAAGAUAUUCAAGUAGUUGUGGAGGGUGGAUGUCCCAAUCUUUUCCGGAAAGCUGUGAAUUCUGCAAAAAGAUUGAGAUUCCAUUUGAGACUAGAUGAAGGAGAGGUUUGCAGUGGUUGUAAUCUCCGAGGUUCCUGUGAUAGAGCUUAUGUGAUUCUUAAGGAAUCUGAAGCAGCAGCACGUACAGUGGAUAUAGUGCGAAUACUAUUGUUUUAUGCGCUGGAUCCCGUUGUUUUUUAUGAGGGAGAGAAGCCGCCUGGUAGAGAGAUUCUAGAAACAUCUGCAAGGAAGCUGCUUUCUGAGUUGAUUAAACUCAGCGAAACGGCUGUUGACCCAUCACUUCCAAAGCGUGUUGCCAAAGCUAUUGAGAAGAAGAAAAAUUAUCCAAGUUUCAUUGGUGAUGAACUAUCUCAAGAUGUUGAAAUGAAGAGAGGAGAUUGGAUGUGUCCCAAGUGCAAUUUUAUGAACUUUGCUAAAAAUUUAAGAUGCCUGCAAUGUAAAGAAGAUGGCCCAAGAAAAGCUGAUUCGGGUGAUCUCGAAAUCGAAAUGAAAAAGGGUGACUGGAUCUGCACUGAAUGCAGUUUCAUGAACUUCUCUAGAAAUAUACGCUGCCUAAAGUGCAAAGCUGAAGGGCCAAAAAGAGUCGGUACAGUUGCAGUUGAAAUGAAGAAAGGAGACUGGACUUGCCCAAAGUGUGCGUUCAUGAAUUUCGCAAGCAAUAGGAUGUGUUUGCGUUGUCAAGAUCCCCGGCCCAAGAAAAAUCCUGCAGACUGGGACUGCCCCUCAUGUGAUUUCAUGAAUUAUGGUAGAAACGCAGUUUGCCUGAAGUGCAACUGUAAACGCCCUCAAGAAGAAACUACUGAGUACGAGGAGCAGAUGUGGAGGCGUCCACGCUAGUGUCUUGUUAAUAGGAACAAAGGCAUUGUUUUCAAUGAAGAUAUGCGCGUGACAUGCUUACGGUAAACAUUGAGCACUUCGUAACAUAUCAGGCUAGUGACUACAUAGAUGGCAGAGUGGUUCUCGUGAACUGUCUGCGGUUUUAGCUUAUACACUGCCAAGGACAGGAACCGUUUGUGACCAAUGAUUUUAUAGUUUCUAUGGGAAGGUGUUCCUUUUAAGGUUUUCUACUCUCAUUAGAUGAAAAAACAACAGUUUCUGGCUUCUUGUGUUAUUUUUUCUUAUCCCCGGAAAGACUCCCAUGUCCGGAAACCCAUAAAAGGAGAGCAUGCGGUGAAUCGCGACCAGAUACUCUUUGGUAAAGAUGGAAGAUGAAGACUAACAGGAGGGAGUCAUCAAGCAGCAAUUCGGAGAAGUAAUCCUCGACGAGCUCUUCGACUUGUAUAGUAAGAAACUUGAAGAACAACCCUUUAUGAUCUAUGACAUGCUGUUAUUUUGGUAUUUGAUUUGAUUAAUUUAGCAAGAGUUAGUGCUGGUUGGUA